CCCUAAAAGCCAACUUCAAAUUGAUUUUGUGCGACGCUUUACGUGCCCUGUGCGAAAUGGGGAUGAGUCCGAAAGAGACAUUGACAUCAGUUGUAAUGUGCUGGCUAUUGAGAAUGGUAAAAUUAUAUGAAACCUAUAAAUCAAAGCAUACUUAUUCAAACUGACAACUGUGUCAGGUCCUAAUUAAGAUUUCAGUUAACACCCAAAACUAUAGCACGUGCAGUUAUAUAACAUGUUUUGCCGGUAUGCUAUAUUCCAGACCGCUUUAUCCCUCCAAGUAAAUAUACAUGUACCAGGCUGUAUGGAACCACAUAUAAAGGGAAAGUUAUGUUUACUGGUAGCCUAGCUGAAGCAUGGAGGCGGUUCUGAGCAGGCUGAAAGGGCUAAGUGCAGACGAGUUGCGGGAGGAGUUCACCAGGGCCAACCUCAAGUGCGGCCCAAUCACGGCCACCACCCGCUCCAUCUUUGAGAGAAAGUUGGCCCGCGUCCUGGCGGUAGACGAGGGCAGCAGCAGCGCCACAGAGACAGACAGAAGCAGUAAUGCCACUACUGCAGGCUCUGCCACAGACAGCAGUACAUUGGUUGCCAGUGCUGCAGAACAGGCCAAAGCUGUGCAGUCAUGUGCAGCAAAAUCAGCACCCACUGGCACUGACGCUCCUAAGGCUGUCAGUGAUGAGGGGGACUUCGGCUAUGGAAUGGGGCUCAAUCCCCCAGAGGAAGACGAACUAGGCCUGACAGUAAAGUCAAGGACUCCUUGUAAUGUUAGUGUGGAAGACCCUCAUUUUCAGUCAAAAGCAGAGACUCCGUCAAAGUCAGCACAAGUGUCACCAACAUUCUUCUAUGGUGUAUGUCCAUUGUGGGAUGAUGUCUUGACUAGAAGUGAGAGGACCCACGUGUAUGGUGAUAAGAAGGAGGCUCUUCAGGCUGUGAAGAUGAUGAAAGGAGCUCGCUUUAAAGCCUUUUCCAAUCGAGAGGAUGCUGCAAAAUUUGCCAAGGGGAUCUGUGACUAUUACCCUUCUCCCAGUAAAUCUGCCCCCUGUCUGUCCCCUGUCAAACCAGGCCUGGUCUUCUGCAAAGACAAUGCCAGUGUCGUGGAGGUAGACACCAUCAACAGGGAGAGGGCCAACAGCUUCAAGAGCCCUCGCUGCCAGGACCUGACCGCAAAGCUGAGGAAGGCUGUGGAGAAAGGGGACGAGCUGGCCUUCAGUGAGCUGGUGUGGAGCAACCCACGCUAUCUCAUUGGAUCUGGAGACAACCCAACUGUAGUGCAGGAGGGGUGCAGGUAUAACGUGAUGCAUGUGGCAGCAAAGGAGAACCAGCCUGGGAUCUCCCAGCUCCUGCUGGACACCCUGGAGAACCCGGACUUCAUGAGGCUAAUGUACCCUGAUGACCAAGAGGUCAUGCUGCUGAAACGCAUUCGCUACAUUGUGGACCUAUACCUCAACACCCCAGACAAAGCUGGCUUUGAGACUCCACUCCACUUUGCCUGUAAAUUUGGGUGUCCCGAAGUGGUGAAUGUCCUGUGUUCACACCCAGAUAUAGAUAAAAACUGCAUGAACAAAUACAACCAGAAACCUUCUGAUGUCAUUUGUGAAAGAAAAAACAAAAGCCCAGAGGUUAAACAGAAGAUCUUGGAUUAUUUGGAAGAUCGCUGUUAUAUACCCUUGUUGAGGGCCACGGAUAACUCCAUCCAGCCUAUCAUUGGUGGCCCCUGGUCACCUGAGCCAUUAGACGCUCUUCCUCAUUCGCUGUCUCCCAGGCUAACACAAAGUCCCAGGGAUCCAGUGAUGACAGUCAGGGCAUUUGCUGGACCACUCAGCCCAUCUAAGGCAGAGGAGUUCCGCCGUGUGUGGAAGACACCCCCCAGAGAAAGGGCGGGACACUUCCAGCACAUCCUGAAGUCUGAUCCAGACCGUGGUGCCGAGAGGGUGGGCCGCGACCUGGCCAGGAAGCUCGGUCACCCUUGGGCUGAGUACUGGGAAUUUCUGGACAGUUUCACAGACCUGUCAUCUGCUGACGGCCUUCGUAAGCUGGAGGAGUACCUCAACAGGAAAGACUUCAGUCAGCGUGCACACGAAGAGGCAGGGGAGAACGAAACCAGCAACCGCUUCAGAACACCUUCCCCAGGAAAGCCCAUGAAGUUUUGCAACUCAAUCUCAGUGGGGGCCUUCCUGGAUGAGGGUGAUGACAUCAGCUUGGAGGAGAUGAAAAACCGUCAGAAUGCGGCGCUUACCAGCAUCACCUCCUCGGCGUGCUCCAAGGACAGUCUAGUGGGUGCCAUGGGUGGGCUGGGCCUCCGGGAGUUCCAUAUCCUCCCAGUGUCUCACCAUGGAGCUGACAGCCUCAUAGAGACAGCCGCCCAACGAGACCAGCUGUGCUCCCCCGUGUCAGAGAGCCUCCUGUCAUCCGACUGCAACAACGGCCUGGGGGCAGAUAGGACUCUCAACGGGGACUGUGUCUCCCCCCGCACCUCCUCGUUCUCCUCCUGCCUGCUGUCGCCCAUCUCCAACCUCAUGGUGGAGUUCGAAAGGAUGUCCCUGCAGGAGGGUCUGGAUGGCCCCAGCCGGGAGAGGAGGAGGAGCGGGGGACACCGGCACGCUGGGCACAGGGAGGAACUGGCUUACGGGGCGGGCCGUCUUGCGCCGGGCGCCGGCACCAAUGAGGACUCUGUGUUUGACCGGGGCUGUUGCUCUGAGCCAGGGGACAGGGAAGGGAGCGGGUGGAGUGGGAAGUGUGUGGAGGAUGAGGAGGUGGGAGGGGUGGAGGACAGGCCCGGAGCGGGAAGCAGCAGCUCCGAGGAGUACUAUGUGGCUGAGGAGAACUUUGAGGCCCUGGGCCAGAGGACUAGGGGGGCGGGGACAGUGUUGGGCCGCACACUCUGCUCCAGGUCCAAGUCAUGGGAUCACGGCGGGAGGGACCUGAGCAGCUCAGGAUCAUCCAGCUCUUAUAGGUCCCUGGACAACUCACCCGAGUUCCUAACACGGACCCCACCUCACGUCAGAACAGGACUCUUUAUUGAAGGGGAUUCACCAACUAAGUUGGACAGGGAGGUCCUGUUAGCAAUAGAAUCCAUUGACAUUGACCCCUUGAAGUUCCCCAACAUUCACAAAUGGAAGAGCACAAUGCAGACAUACACCUCAUCAGACAUGCAGAGUUGGCCCAGUCCUGCAGUGGUAAAAAGCAGACAACGGGUAUAUCAGGCUUCACCUCUUACACACAACUCCCCCGUCAGCAGCUUGGCGUCGCCAGCUAGGGAUCGAUUCAGUCCCGCACGUCACACUGGUUCUCCAGACUUCACCAGCCCCAGCCGCUACAGUCCUGCACACGCCAGCUACAUCCAGCGCAUCCGCCUCAGGCACUUCAACGACCCCUAGUCAACAACCAGCCUGACCUCUAUUCCCACCUGAAACGAUAGGCUACAUCCCAUGGCAAUGUAUGCCCAAGCUCAAAACCACGUACCCUAACUAAAUAUGCACAAGUGUCUUGAGAAUGUGUAUGAUGUAUGGUACUACUUCUGUGUUGUAUACAGUAUUGUAUACAAGGAAAAACAAGUUCUUUAUUCUGUCCUACGUACUGUAUGAGUGAUCAGUUGACUUUAAUAUUAUUAAUUAUUGAGUAGGAUACGCCUGUAUCUUUUUGAAGAACCCGUAAUGCAGCUGCACUUCCCAAAAGAUUGAGUUGAUGUUCGUUAAACCUCCGAAUAAGAUCUGAUGUUUUUAAAAAGUCAAAUGAAAUGUCAAUAUUGUAGACUUAUUUUUGGUAUGUAAGUAAAUAGCACAAAAUCAAGUUUUUAUUGUGUGUAUUAAACCAACUGCCAGUUCAUUUGUUUCUUCUCAGUUUAGGAAAUGCCUUAAUUUUCUGAAAACAUUGAUCAGCCAGAAUUAACCACGUUCUCUCCAGUUUGUUGAGUUGAUGCAUUCUGAAAAUAGCUAAACAAACUCCAUCCUAUACCAGCUUACUCAGCUUACUCAACAAAUUGCUGCAAAUAUGAGGGAAAUGAUAAUACAAAGUUCUUCCAUGUUUUUAUUUAAUUAAUAAAUCAAUAGAAAUGUGUUCAUUUUCCAGGUACCAUUGUUGUUUCAUCCUGGUCUGUACCUGUGUAGUCUUGACAUUUUCUCUUUUGUCUAACUCAAAAGUGGAACUAACUCUUCUUGGCUUUUCUGAAAGUGUAUAAAGUGCAGCGAGUUCAAACAGGAACAUCCCCCACCACCACCAAACAACAGUUACCGUUCUACACGUCACCACAUUUGGCCAUGUCACAGAGAGAAACAUUUGCAAUGUUAAAGCCAUUUCCCUGAUAGUCGACCCAUUCUGGUAUCUGGGACUCGACCUCCUAGUGACACCACAGUCAUCUGGCACUACAGUAGCCUCCACCUGCUGGGAUUUGUCAGGGGGUGUUGAUGUAGCAUAUUGAGCAUCUCACCGUCUGUAGUUAUUUUAUAUAAUGAUGAAUGCAUUCUAUGGCAGUGACAGUCCCCAAAAAGAGCAGAGCCUAAAUGCCAAAAUGUAAUACAGCCUUGAUGCUUAAAAAGAAAUGUCUAAUGGCUUAUUUGGUGUUUUCUGUUUGAACUGAGAGUAAUCCUAGCUGUACAUAACAGGUUACUGCAGAGUGCAACAAAGAUGUGUUUACUUGUGUUACUAAUGGCUGACUGAAUGUGCCAGGACCUGCUGGAGCCCAACUGUAGCUAUAACUGUUAGAACAGUCAGUUUAAAAAGGUCUGAAACUGCAAGCCAGCAGAGCUGAAGCUAGAAAUAAACAGCUGUUAAUCCAAAUGUAGUGUAAAUCACCCUUACUAUAUAGAUUGUCAGGUUGGGUCAGAAUGAAACAUGAGUAAUAUUGAAUGUGAAUUAAAACCUUGAUCGAGGCACAAAUUUAAUGGAUAGGAUUGUACUGUACUCGUGCUCACAGGUGACGCAGACUUUCCUCUGGUCUCCAAAAAUGUUUUAUGAAUGUGGAGUUCUGUUAAUUGCUCCUAAAUACUUAAACAUGCUUAUUGUGCGUUGGCAUUCUGUGCUUUAUUAAAAAACAGGAUUUAAAACUAUUUCAUUGUACAGUUUCUCUCAUAUGUCCAGUUUAUUUGCUUCCAACUUAUCAAUAAAACAUUUUCCUCACCGUU